AUGAACGCGAACGCGCCGGCGUUCGUUCCUUGGGGUGGUGGUAGCAGGAAGGAAGUCGAAGAAGAAGAAAAAGAAGAACGAGGGGGUGGUUCGACGACGACAACCUCGCAGAAUAGGCUCGGGAAAGUUGAAUCAUCAUCAUCAUCGUCCGCUUUUAGCAUCCACGCUCCUCCUCCUCCUCCGAUGGCACCACCACCACCACCGCCGCCACCACGGUCUCCUCCUCCUCCUUCUCUGGUAAAUAAUAAUAACGAAUCGAUUUCGACGACAACAUCGACGCUCUUUUCACCGUCGCCGCCAAGGAAGUUAAGUCAAGACGUCCUGACGAAAUCUGGGAGUUAUUCACGUGAUGAUGAUGAGAGCGAGGAGAGCAGCAGCCGCGCGGGGAGAAUGAUGACACCGACGAAGAAGAAAGAAGAUGCGAACGCGAUACCAAAGUACGAUUUGGAGAAGCACUUUAAAACGGUGUUACCGUUAGGUCCUCCUCUGAAAAGAGAAGAGGACGAGGCGACUGGCGCGCUCGAUAAACUCGGCGUCGAGGAAGGUCGAUUGCCGAACGGUUUGCGAUACUUCGUCGGUCAGUGUAAGAAACCGGAAAAGCGAGCGGCUUUAGCAUUAGCCGUAGACGUUGGAUCUGUGUUUGAGAACGAGGAAGAGCGAGGCGUGGCGCACAUUGUUGAGCACUUGGCGUUUCGCGCGACGACGUCGUACGAAACGUUUCAGAUUGUGAAUUUCUUGGAAUCGGUCGGCGCCGCGUUUGGGGCGUGUCAAAACGCGUACACGAGUUCAGACGAGACGGUGUUUGAGUUGACCGUACCUAUCGACGAUAUGAACGUACUGGAGGAGUCGUUGAAGAUAUUUAGCGAGUUUGCGAGGGGAGUGCGGAUUUCCGACGAAGACGUCGAUAACGAACGAGGUGCGGUGUUAGAAGAAUGGAGAUCGGGAAGAGACGCGAGAGGGAGAGCAGCGCAAGCGUAUUGGGAAGCGUUGUGUGAAGGGAGCUUAUACGCUGAUCGCUCACCGAUUGGCACGGAAGAGGUUAUUCGAAAAGCGCCCGGAGAAAUCUUUCGUAACUUUUACCACAAGUGGUACAGACCGGAGAACAUGGCAGUUAUCGUCACCGGCGAUUUCGAGGACGUAGGCGUGGUGAAGGAGAAAAUUAUCAGAUUGUUUUCCCCGCUAGCGCCGGCUGAGCACGUUCCUGCGCCGCCGAAAUUUAUUCGACCGACAUUUCCAGAACACGCAAAACCGCGCGUGUGCUGUCACGUAGAUCGCGAAUUAUCGAACACGGUAGUCAACGCAACCUUUCACGUGGAACAAAAACCAAUCGCGACUCCGGAAGAUUUUUUCAAACAAACUGUUCAAGAAUGUUACCAAUUGUGUUUGGAUAAUCGAUUGUACAAACUGAUGAGACGACCGAAACCAAACUUUUUUAGCGCCGGCAUCGCUUCUGAACAUUUGUCGCGAACGAGCGCUUUGUUAUCCGUACAAAUGACGUGCGAAGCGAGCAAGGUGAAAGACGCACUCGAGAGCGUCUUGACUGAAGUCUCGAGAGCGCGCUUGUUUGGAUUCAGCGCGCAGGAAUUGCGCAUCGCCAAGUUAAAUCAAAUAGCGGAUAUGGAACAGUUGUAUGUGGAAAGAGAUCAAACGUAUUGCACGGACGCUCGCGAUGAGUUGGUGCAACACUUCUUACGCGGCGACAUGGUCAUCGGUGCAGGAUUAGAAGCGUCUCUGGCUAUCGCUUGCAUAGAAAAAGUCACCUUGGAGGAUGUCUUUCAAUACGCGCAAGAAGUGAGCGUGUCAAAAAGCUGCAUGAUUCGAUUACAGGAAGGUAGGAAGAAAACAAAUGAAGACGAUUUACGGGAAGCAGUGAAUCGAGUGGCGGAAAAGGAGCGACGCGGAGAAAUUGAAGAAAACUCGGAAACGUUCGUCGUUCCUGAGCGUUUGAUGGCGGAUCCGCAACCGCUGAAAGAAGGCGAGUCGGCGAUAGCAUCCACGCGGACGCAUUCAAUUUCAGACGUAACCGAAGUUGUUCUGAAGAACGGCAUAAAAAUAGCGUUGAAAAGCACGAACUUUUUGGACGACCAAGUCUUGAUGCGCGUCGUCGCCAGAGGUGGAUUAUCGGAAGUCCCAAAAGAAAAAUAUAAGGACGCGAUCUUCGCGGGUACUGUUGCUCGCGAAUUGGGCGUAUUUGGAUACAGACCGGAAGUUUUCUCCGACGCCAUGGCGGGGAAAAGAGUCGACGUUGUUCCAAAUAUAGGUACGUAUAAGAGAUCCAUCGUUGGCGAAACGUCGCCAGAUCACAUCGAUGUGCUUUUGCAGUGUACGCACCUGAUCUUCUCCAACAAUGUGGAAAAUCAGUGCAACGAGGACGAUUUGGAAGUUUUGCGCGAAAUACAAAGAGAGCUGGUGAAGAAUGCAAAGAGAGACCCGAUGAAAGUAUUUGCAGAAAUCAAGCGCGCUUUGACGUACGGCAACUCGUAUCUUUCAGAACCUAUCACGCUCAAAACACUCGCGAAAAUGGACGCGGAGAAAGCGUGUAGAUACUUCAACGAGUGUUUCGUGGACCCUUCGCAUUUUACGAUGGUUCUCGUCGGCGCGUUCGAUAUAGAAAAGAUUUUGCCUUUAUUGGAAAAGUACAUAGGUUCUAUUCCGCGCCCGAUAGAUUCGAAAGAGAAACUCUCUCGAGUCACACCGGCACCGUUUGAGUUUCCUAAGAAAACAGUCAGUAAACGGGUGCGAUUGAAAAUGAUUGAAAAUCAAGGCGUGGCGAGUUUAACGUUUCCGGUGAUGAUUGAAAAUCCAGACGCGAAGUUAAAGCAAGCUGCGAUCGCAAAAGGUGAGGACUUCAACGGUCCAACUUUAGCCGGCUCUCAGGUGAUAGUUCGAAGCAAGUUUCUCACGGUGAUUUCUGCCGCCAUCAUCGAGCGCCGCUUACUCGCUCGCCUGCGAUUCGAACGAGGCGAAAUAUACAGUUGUGCCGCCAACACCUCGUUCGCGUACCAAGACCCGAACGCAGCGAACGGCGAAUCUUACAGAGGCGAUAUAAUGGUUGUGUUCGCGUGCGACCCGAAAAGCGGAGAAAAACUCUCCAAAGUAGCCCUGGAAGAGAUUGAACAGUUAAUUAGCGAAGGACCGACCGAGGAAGACUGCCAAACUGCGAAGGAAGUCGAACUGAGAUCCAUCCAAGAACACAAAGAGGAAAACUCUUUCUGGGUCAGCUACGUGGACGCCAUGUUCACGUCUCAACUCUUACCGGUCUUGAACGGCGACAUCGACAAAAUGUAUGUAAACACGGAACAAAUCCGCGGCGACGUUUUAGAAACACUCUCGCCAACCAUCAUUCGCGAACAUCUGGCGAAAACCUUAGCCGUCGAGCGCAGAGUCAACGUCGUUUUAAUUCCCCAAAGACCUUUGUUCUUACGACUGAUUGCCCCUAAUAUGGACGAUAUUAAAGGAUUCUUUGAGUGGCCGGAGACGUUCGGCGAAGCCUGCGGUAAACUCGCCUUGUUAGGAGGCGUUGCCGGCGCCUAUUUCGCGUACGCUAAAUCCAAGGAGAAUAAAAAGGACAAAUAG